UGCCGACAGUCGGGCGGGCGCGGGGGUUGAUUGCGGGGUCCGGGGGUCGGCGCCCCCACGGGAGGGGGUCCGGGGGUGAAAUCCCGGCCCCGGCUUUACCCCCGGGGGUCCCCGGGUGACAACCCUGUUUGUGAGGCCAAAAGGCAUCACAAGGAACUCAUAAUGCCCAAAGCAUAAACGGUAGGUAGUCUUAUGAGUAUCCUCUUCGCGAAUGUGGAUCUGGUGGAAGCCACAACGGAGGUCGAUCUUUGUGAAGUACUUGGCUCCACGGAGGCGAUCAAGAAGCUCAGAGAUGAGAGGCAAGAGGUACAUGUUCUUGAUCGUGAUCCGGUUGAGGGCGCGGUAGUCUGUGCAUAUGCGGAGUUUGGAGGUUCCGUCUUUCUUGACGAAGAGGCAACUUGUACCGAAGGGGGAGGAGUUUGGAUUAAUGAAUCCUUUUUUAAGGAGUUCAUUGAGUUGUCGCUUCAUUUCUUCGGCCUCGGGAACGGAGAUCUGGUUGGGUGGUCGACAUGGAGGAGUGUGACUGGGUUCCACAUCAAUGUUUACUACGACGGCGGUGUCCUUAUCCUCGAGUCGAAUGGUGAUCGGGGAGUCAUAGCAGGUGGAAGGGAGACCGGCUUUGCGGGCACAAGCGUCACUGAUGAAGUUACCGAUAGCUCCGAUGUCAAGGAGAGCCCGAAACUUGAGGGCUGUGAACUCGUCGUUGGAGGGGGACGCUAUGGUGGUCUCAUCCGCAGAGAUGUUGCUUGGAUGAGAGGUGGUGGGACCACGGACGGGGCAGAGAAGGCGAUCGUGUUGAAGGGCACAGGUACCUUGAAGACGAAGCUGGAGCAACGGCGUUGCAGGCAGGGGAUGCCCUUCGAAACGGCAGAUGUAGAGUAUCGAGUGCAGUUCCGACAUCAUACUGAUCCUAAAGAAGAUCGGUGGUUUGCAAGAGCAUAAUUAAUGAAGACUGCUCCCCAGA